CAAAAAGCGCAACGAGAGCGAAGCGCGACGUCGGCAGCCUUUCCCGCGCAAAGGCGAAGCCCGCGACAACGACGCGCGACGGGGGGCAGCCUUCCCGCGCACCAGCGACGCAUUCCGACCAUGCCCUUCGAUGAUGCCGCCGAGGCCAAGUGCGCCGACUCCGAGUCCGAGGACGAGUACGUCGAGUCGCGGCUCGAGCGCGUCUUACGGGAGGAGGCGGGCGAGGCGAAGCCCGAGGCGCCGCGGUACACGCAGCUCGACGACGAGCUCCUGAGCGACAUGCAGCGCGGCGACGAGCAGAUGCGGCGCCUCGUGCGGCAUCGGCUCAACAAGCAGCGCGAGGCGGCCGACGAGAAGGUUUGUCGGCAGCUCCUGCGGAAGGAGCGCUUCGAGCGGGGCAUGCGCAAGGGCUGCAUCGACAACGACGAGAAGCUCGCGGCGCUCGCGCAGCGCGAGGAGGUCGAGGAGGUGCGCGCCGAGGCGAAGCAGCGCGAGGACGACGAGAGGGAGGCGCGGCGGCUCGCGAAACUCCUGCGGGACGAGGCCUACGCGGAGUACGUCGAGGAGCGGCUCCGGGACGAGGAGGCGCGCGCGGCGCAGGCGGCCGACGCGAAGGGCGCGCGGGCCGCGAAGGAGAUGGCGCAGCGGCUGGCGCGGGCGGCCUUCGUGGACCGGAAGCGGCGCGAGGCCAGGCCGGCCGACGCCUCGAAAUGCUGGGCCGCGGCGAUGGCGAACUGCGAGGUCGAGGACGUCGCCGACGCCGUCGGCCUCUCCAUCCGCCUCCCGGCGCUGACGGACGUGCGCGUGGCGCACCGCAACCGCCUCGUGACGAUCACGGCGAAACGCGGCGGCGCGCUCCAGGCGCUGACCAACGACCGCGCGAAAGACCGGGGCCCGCGGUCCCUGGCCAUGAAGUUCGAGCUCGUGUCGCCCGAGGACGCGCGGGACGUGUCCUACGAGUACGACUGCGGCUCCGGCUACCUCCACGUCUUCCUCGACGGCAUCAAGCUCGGGAAGAUGUCGGACUCGCAGAAGAAGCGCACCCUGGCGUCCAUCAGGGGGCGCCUCGCCGCGGCCGCGUCCUCGAAGCUGUCGGCGCUCAAGAAGGCCGUCGGCGGCGGCGGGCCCGACCUCUCCCUGCGCGGCGUCGUGGCCUAGGAGGGCGCCCAAGGUUCCAAGAAUAAAAUAUGAACAUUAC